AUAUGACUUUAUAAACAUAUUUAAUUUUCGCAUUAUGUCACGCCACUUGUCAACCUCUCUCAACGAUCACUAGCCAUCAACAAGGGCUUAUUGAAGGCGACAAGAGAUGGAAUAAGGAGAAGAAGAAAUAGAUAAGAAAAUCUUUUAGGAUGUGGAAGAGAAAGGUCAGAGGGUGGUUGUCGCCGCCGUUCUUUCCGCCGUCUUCAAAGCUUGCAUGGUUUACAGUGGCUGUGAUUGCGGUUUUUGGGUUUGUGGUGUUUCGUGCCCAAAACUAUUCCGCUUUUCUGUUCACUUAUCCUUACAUGAACACUCCGGUGGCCUACCAUGGAUCUCCACCCGGCGUUCUCCGGCAGCUGGAGAGCCAGAAGGGCACCGGCGAUUCAAGACUGGCGGCGGCGGCGGAGAAAAUAAACAAGGGAUUGCAUGAGUGUAACGUUACCGGCGAUUCAAGACUGACGGCGCUAGUAGCGACGGAGGAGGAAAUAGGGAAGGGGUUGCCGCAUGAGAGUAACGUUACCGGAGUUUCAAGACUUCCGGCGUUAGUGACGACGGAGGAGGAAAUAGAUAAGGGGCUGCAUGAGAAUAACGUUACCGGAGAUUCAAGACCCAUAUUAUUGGCACCGGAAACUGGCAUAGGCGACGACGAGAGACAAAACGGCAUAUCUUCUGAUGAUACCGAGGAUUCAAGAAAAUCGAAAAGGUAUACGUAUACCAACAUGGAGAGAAUAGAAGCCGAUCUUGCCCGAGCUCGAGCUUCCAUCUUAAGGGGCGGCGGCGGCGGGACCCAGACAAAAGAUGAUGACUCCGUCCCUGUCGGUCCCAUGUACCGGAACGCUUCGUUCUUCCUCAGGAGCUACGCGGAAAUGGAGAAAACAUUGAAGGUAUAUGUGUACGAGGAUGGACAGCCGCCGGUGGCUCAUUACGGUCCCUGCAAGAGCACAUACGCAAUCGAAGGUAAUUUCAUUCAUGCAAUGGAUUUUAGCCGUUUCCGCACCACCGAUCCCGACAAAGCCCACCUUUACUUCCUCCCCUUCAGCAUCACCGUCCUCAGCAAACUGGUUUAUGAACCAAACUCCCAUGAUUGGAGUCCGAUGAAGAUAACUGCUUUGGAUUAUGUCAACUCUGUUGCGAGGAAAUACCCUUUCUGGAAUCGCUCCCUCGGCGCCGAUCACUUCAUCCUUUCUUGCCAUGAUUGGGGGCCGGAAAUAUCAUUCGCAAUUCCGAAUCUGCACAAUAAUUCCAUCCGGGCAUUAUGCAACGCCAACACCUCAGAGCGGUUCGACCCGAAGAAGGACGUAUCCAUCCCGGAAAUCGUCCUCCCGUCCGGCACGACGAAGGGCUUGCUCGGCGGCCCGUCGCCGUCCAAACGCCCGGUCCUGGUGUUCUACGCCGGCGGGCUGCACGGCCCAGUCCGGCCAAUUCUGCUGCAGCACUGGGAGAACAAAGACGAAGAUGUUCAGGUCCACAGCUAUCUCCCGAAGGGCGUGUCGUACAACGGAAUGAUGCGGAAAAGUAGGUACUGCAUCUGCCCUAGCGGGUACGAGGUUGCCAGUCCGAGAAUGGUGGAGGCGCUGUACAUGGGGUGUGUCCCCGUGCUCAUAAAACGCGGCUACGUGGCGCCGUUCAGUGAUGUGUUGAACUGGGAGGCGUUUGCGGUUAUUAUUCCGGUGGAGGACAUCCCUAACCUCAAGAAAAUCUUGACGGGAAUUUCGCAGAGACAGUACAUAAGGAUGCAGAGGAGAGGAGUUAAGGUUAGGAGGCAUUUUGAGGUUAAUUCUCCGCCUAAACGUUUUGAUGUCUUCCACAUGAUUCUCCAUUCCAUUUGGCUUAGAAGGCUCAAUGUUCGACUUCACCAUCUCAAUGUGUAACACUUUAAUCUAAAUUUUUACAAAAAAGUUUUCAGUUUCAGAUCAUUUUUUCUGGUACAUACAUAAUUGUUUGCUCAUCCAUUGUAAUAAAAUUUUGAAUAAUUA